GAAAGGGCUGGGUCCGCAGCCCCCUGUCAGAAGAGGCCUCAAUUUUUUCCGCUAGGUGCCAUCUGAGCCCGAGCCCUGCGGGUGAUUCACGCCAACGCAAACUGAGGGGUUUGGGCGUAAAAUGAGGAGACAGGACAUGCUGCACUAGCGGCCGAGCAAAUGGUCCUCGAUAACGGCGUGUCCCAGAAAACCCGUCCGCGCCCCCAGCUGCCGCCGCAGGAGGUGGAGGAGGAGGUGGUGUCCUACCCAGAGUGGAUUAGCAGGAGCUACGUGGAGCUCAUGAGUCUGAACGAGCACUCGAUGCAGGCGCUGUCCUGGAGGAAGCUCUACCUGAGCCGGGCAAAGCUCAAAGCCUCCAGCCGGACCUCGGCUCUGCUGUCUGGCUUUGCCAUGGUAGCAAUGGUGGAAGUUCAGUUAGAUGCCGCACAUGUCUAUCCCACCGGCCUCCUGAUUGCUUUCAGUGCCUGUACAACAGUACUGGUUGCAGUACACCUGUUUGCACUCAUGAUAAGCACCUGCAUUCUUCCCAAUAUCGAAGCUGUCAGCAAUGUCCACAACCUCAACUCCGUCAAAGAGUCUCCGCAUGAACGAAUGCACCGUCACAUCGAAUUGGCCUGGGCAUUUUCAACCGUUAUUGGAACUCUCUUGUUUCUGGCAGAGGUGGUGUUGCUUUGCUGGGUGAAGUUUCUCCCAGUGAACAGUCCAAAAUCCUCUGUCAAUGAUACCUCUUUAAGCCCAGGAAAAGCCGCAGCGAUCGCCUCAACAACCAUAAUGGUCCCAUUUGGGAUAAUUUUCAUUGUUUUUGCUGUGCAUUUCUACAGGUCUCUAGUUAGCCACAAAACAGACCGACAGUUCCAGGAACUGAAUGAAUUAGCAGAGCUGGCUCAGCUUCAGGAUCAGUUGGAUCACAGAGGUGACUCUGUACAAUCUCCUGGUCAUUAUCCAUAAAUAUUGACACUCGUUUCUUUAAAGGGUUAAAAUCUCCUGUCUUAUGCCUUGAAUGCAAAAAAAGAUUGGCUUAUACUGAGGUUUCAAUAAAAAUGUUGUUUUUAAAUAUGCAUUCAUGCUACAAAGAAAGACGGAAGCAAACGUUUGGGAAACUCCAAGGAUCCCUGAAGAUUCUGUGUGUUACAGGAAAACACUGUACCUUCCAGGUCACCAAA